AUGGCCAGAGCGCCGCUCCUCUGCCUGCUGCUGCUGCUGGCAGCCGGCGCGCUGGGCUCGCCGCACGAGCGCGGCCUCAUCUUCAACCUGGACACGGGGGAGCUCUGCGUGCAGAGCGCCCAGUGCAAGAGCGGCUGCUGCCACCGUGACAGUGGGCUGAGCCUGGCGCGCUGCAUGCCCAAGGCAGCCGAGACGCAGGAGUGCUCGCCCAAGACCAUCUACGGCGUCUACUACAAGUGUCCCUGCGAGAGCGGCCUGAAGUGCGAAGCUGACAAGAGCAUCGUGGGCGCCAUCACCAACACCAACUACGGCAUCUGCGAGGACCCGCGGGGCCGCGCAGCGCUCAACCCCCACCAGUAA